AAUAGAGCUGGGACAGCGUUGCUGCGGCUGGAGGCAUGUAGCCCGGCCCAUUGCCCUGAGUGCGUCCCAUUUUAGCGUCAUCACAUUGCGCUUGACGCGCACAUUGCUUACCCGACCCGGGGGAGAGCUGGUUAACCCAGAGGAAGUGGGUCGGUCAGGGGAGAGGUUUGCGCCUUUUGCAGCCAUGAACAUGAUGGAAAGGACGAUGACGACAGAGUUUUCCAUAUCCACGACUAGAGUUAUUCCCGUCAAAUGUAGAUGGGGUCAUGACACAUUCACAUCCGCUCCUGUUGUUGAUAUUGUGACAAAAGUUGACCCAGUCGGCUUCUGGCUUUCUCUGAAAAGUGAAGAGCAGAGACAGAACUGCAAUUUACUGAAAACCUAUAUGCUGUGGCCGGUCCUGAUGAAUAACGCUGGACAUGUGAAAAAAUGCGAGCAGCCUUGGUCUGGGCAGAGCUCCGAUAUGACCAUUAAAGAGUUAAACUUCAUUGAGCUAUUAGAGGAUCUUGCCGACCUCUUUCAGAAAGUAGCGGACCAACGUCGUUUAAUUGAGGGAUUAUUAAAAAUAGGACAUAAAAUGGAAAGACCUAGACAUAAAGUAUUCCCAGAAGCCAUGAACUGGGUGCAGUCCACUAGAGACCAAAAUGUCUAUAAGAAAUUAGAGUCGCAAGAAAGCCUCCGAAAUCGUUCUCUACAGACCUUCUUUACAGAGUAUGCUUUUUAUCUGAACAGGAUGGGAAUGGACUGCAAAACAUUGGCUGAAAAGGUCAAAAUAUUUGAGUGUGCUAUGUGUGAAGAGAUGUCUGGGCAAAGUAAGCUUCACGGCAAUUACUCAUUUACGAACGGAAAGUUCUGCUCUGCGGUUGAGGAGUAUUCCCAUGCAAUACAAUAUAGCCCUGAUAACCAUUUCCUAUUCAGCAAUCGAGCUCUGUGCUUUAUCCGCAUUGGGAAAUAUGGGAAAGCGCUGAGCGAUGGGAAGAAAGCAGUUAUACUUAAGAACAGUUGGCCAAAGGGUCAUUACCGGUUCUGUGAAGCUCUGUUUCUGCUUGGGGAAACAGAAAGAGCAAUAGCGUCUAAUGAGAAGGCACAGGAGCUGUGCCAGGACUGUGCCGAAGGCAUCCGUGACCUGAUCCAGCAACACACCAGGUUCCAGCAGCAAAUAGAGGAAGCCACAGAAAUGAAAGUAAAGAAACAGUCUAAAAAGAAAGCGACCAGUGAGAAAAGGCUUGCAGCGCAGGCUGAGCCUGCUGUAGAUAAUACAGAAAGUACACUGGUAUCCAACGCUGCCACAGAGGAUGUUCCUGAGCAGGAAACUAUUAGUGGGUCUGGUUUAGAGAAUAAAGAAUGCCCUGGAAAUGUGAUUGGACAACAGCCAAAGAAGGGAAAAUUAAAAGGAAAAGAAUCCAAAAAAUCAAGGGGCUCAAAUGCGACCACCGAUUCCAAAGCAACUGAAGAGAAUGUAGUACGCAGUGCUGAGGGUUAUGCAGCCAUGCUGGAAGAUGUAGUGAAAUCCCUUGCACGCGACGGAUAUGAAGCUUUAAAGGACAAGCGCUGUCACAAUGCGCAGGCCAUGUUUUCUCAACUCCUGGAAAUCUUGGAGCAUAAUGAACUGCGGAGUCUGCACCUGACCAAGAUCGAUUAUAUUGUACUUAUGUACGGACACGCUAAUGCACUGCUCGGCACUGGACAGUCUGAGGAGCUGACAAAGGCUGAAGGCCUGUUCAAGGAAAUUGUGCGACAUUCUGUCUUCUCCAAGGUGAAGUUUAACUGCCUGGCUUUCUAUGGACUCGGCAAUGUCUACCUUAGGCAAAAUCGGUUUUCUGAUGCUUUAAAUCAGUAUGUUAAGACGAAGACCAUGGUGAAAUACAACAUGGUUCCCGGAGUCCUAACCUGGCCAACAACAUCUAUUGUCCUCGAAGAGACCAGGCCAGAAUAUUUUCAGGUUAUCUUAGAUAAUUGCAUAGAGGAAUGCAAGUUCCCACCUAAACCUAAUGCUGUUUGCCGGUAUGAGAACUGUCUCAGCUUGCCUAAGACUCAGAUAUAUUUUUCGGACCCUGAUUUCAAGGGCUUUAUCCGUAUGAUGUGUUGCCGGUACUGUAGAGUGGAGUUUCACAUUUGCUGUUGGAAAAGACUGAAGGCCACGAAGUAUUCUGAUAAGAACGACAAGGAUUUCCUAAAAUACACGUGUCUAACCCCGGACUGCACAGGAUUCAUUUCUCAUGUUGUAAUAUAUGAUUCUUCGGCUCAAGUGAAAUGUGAGUUUGAAGAUAAAACUUUAAAGAAAAAAGAACCACAGAAACCUACAGUGAAAAACAGAGGUGCCAGCAGCAAGAAAAUAAAAAUGAAGCCUGAAAAUAAAGCUGAGCGUAAGAAGAAGGCCACAGAGGAAUCUGCUGUAGAGCUGUCAUACGAGAAUAAGGCGAAGCUUCACGAGAACAUCAUUUCUGAAGCAGCGGUGACUAAUGGUUUCCACGUGACCUGUGACCCUCUGCUGUUACAAGUAUUUAAGAAGCAGGAGCUUAUAAGGAGUGGAUGUCCGAUGUGCUUCCCGGCGUUUUGGGAGUCCGUAGCGGCGUGGAGGGUUAUAAAUCGGCAGGAGCUGGAUGACUUAGACAGAAGUGCUGGUUCACAGCCCACCUUCAAUAAAAUUAAGAAUCUUUUAAAUCAUCUGUACACAUUAAAUGAUAGCGUAAAGACUAGAAUAGUGCUCUAUUUGUUGCACUUGCACAAGGACUAUAUAUCCAUUGAUCUGCUCGAUUGGGUGACUUUAGUAGACAAUAAAGGAUUGGAGGCUGCACAGGAGUUCAGAGAGCUAUAUGAAGAAGGCCUGAGGAGCAUUAAGUUUGAGGAUGUAGGUCAUUUGUGGAACGAAACCUAUGGGAAGAACGUAAACUAUGUAAUGUCGGACUACACUACAAACACCCUGUGUGACGUACUAGCUAGUAUGGAUGUAAAAGUGUUCCGCUGCUUCAUAUGGUUUCUGGAGGAGAACAAACAGAUUGGAUCAGUACUCGGACUCCAAAAAAAAUUAUAUAAAUAUUUUCAAGAGAUGGAUGUACCGCGUAGACAAGAACCAAAGCAGACCUUAGAACAUUUCUCUAAUAUAAGUAUGAAUAUUAAAAUUAAACAUAAGAAAAAGAAGCGGAAUCAACCAAAGGCUACUUAUAAACUGUCCGGUGCGGUCAGUACCAGAUCACAGGAGGAUGAUAUUUUGACGGAAGAGAAUACCUUAAGCCUUUUGGAUCCUUAUGAGCCUUUCCUAAUUCCUGAAUACUUGCGCCAAGACAUAGAUGAAUUUGAAGUACUCUACGAGCCAGAUGUAGGGAGGAGCGGAUAUGAAGGACAGGUUGACGAUACCUUAGAGGUUGUCCACUCCUUAGAAGUUAUCCGGUUCACUCUCUAUGAGUACUUCUCUCAAAUUUUGGAGGAAUAUGGGCCCCUGAAAUUAGAUGAUGAGCUGUUGAUUGGACAGUAUAAAACCUUCCCGGAAGAAACGCACAGUAUGGUGGAAGCAUCUGGUGGUCUGAAGAACUUUCUCCUAAAUUCCAGCAAGUUCACCAUGGUGGACGACCUCGUUGUUUUGUCAAACUUUGAUUUUCCAUAUGUUGUUUUUGGAGAGCCUAACAAACUGAACCCAGCAGCAUCCGAAUUCAAGCCUUUAUUUAUGAAGCCUGUGCAUGAUGAUGUUGACCUGUACUGCGAAGCCUACCACCUUGAGCAUAUAUAUAGUAGUCCCACUACUGCCAAGCCUGACAGACUGAGUAGUGUCUAUAGUAACUUAUACUCCUCUAACCAGUCGGAAUUUCCCCAUCUAUGUAAUGACAAAUCUAGACAUCCUUUACCUUUUGAGUUGUCUAGUAAUGACAGCGUGGAUUUAGGGUCUGACCUAGCUGAUGAUACGGAUGAAAUCCAUAGUUUAGCUAGUAAUAGAUCUAGGUCAACUUCUCUGGAUAAUGAUAAAGUUCCACUCACAAGUAUUCCAUUAUUCCAAGAAGAGUCUUGUACAGAACAACUGGACCAACACGAUUAUAUAGCACCCUUGAAAAAUGAAAAGUCACUAAAGAAUAUUCAAACUGCUAUAGUAUCAGUACAGGUAGAUAUAGAGUAUUCGCAGCAUGAAGUUAAUACGGAUCCGUUGCAGCCUUUUGAAACACAGCAGGGAGACAUUUUGCGUAUGGAGAAGGAACUUGUAGUCCUAAGAGACCAACUGGAAGAGGCAACGGAGAAGUAUGAACAAUUACAGAACCGCUGCCAGGAGGAAAUAUCUGGACUCCAGGGAAAAAUUAAGGGCACCGUAGACAUGAAUAAGCUUACAAAGACAGAACUGGCCUGGUUCCUGCAAGAAUAUGAAAAUGAGACCAAAAAGUGGCAGCAGGAGAGGAAAGAGAACCAGGACAAGUUAAAGUCUCUGAAGAAUAAGAUUAAAACGACCACAGAAGCCAAUGAGAAGUUUUCAAGGAAUAUAGAAGAGAAGAAAAAACAGUAUGACAAAUAUAUUGACGAUUUCCAACAGAUCCAUCUUAGUAAAUUUGAGCUUGAAAAUGCCAAGGUGGAAAAACGUAUUAAAAAGUGUGAAGAAGAAAGACAAGAGCAUAAGCAGCGAUCCAUUGCAGCCGAGGUGACCGUCCUGGAGAACCAAAAGCAGUGCGAGAUGUUAAAACUGAGGAUCAAAGUUUCUACUGCAGAACGGAGCAUCAGUGUGUUAAAAGCCAUAACCAGCAGUAGCAAGCCUGUGUCUGCGCAGACUGUACAACAGAUUGCAUGUCUCGAGUGCCAUAUUGUAAAGCUGACAAAGGAAAUGGACACUAUAAAGUCCCAGUUUGAUGAAAAAAUGAACCUAGUGAAAAGCGGCCUAAAGCUGAACAGUGUGGCUGGGGCGCGUGCGAGCAGAUUGGCGAGUCCUCCUAGUGCCCUUAUGUUGCAGAUUCCGCCUGUGACCAAUCCGACCCCUCCAGCAAAUAGUAGCAGCCAGCCAUUUACUUGCACUCCAGCCCCUAUCAAAUCUCCACUGAAGAAAGCCGCUGCUCCUAAACCUGCCCAGCCCAAAGAGGACAAGAAGCCGCCCGCAUUUCCUUCAUCUAAUAGUAAACUGAAGAACCCGGCACCUGCUCCCACAAAGGCCCAGGCGGCCGCUGGCCAGGACAGGAAAGGGAACGUACAGCCUGAAGCUAGGCACCAAUCUCCUGCCAAACCUACGCUGUUUGAUAAAAUCAUAGAAGAACUGCAUAACAUAUUUCCUCAUUAUAAAAGUGCCGAGCUCGCCAGCUUCAUUAGAGAUUUCCGUGUUCGAAAUAAUGGGACCCUUUCUGGUUUUUCACAUGAGGAAAUCAUAAGCAGGGUGUCAGAACACAUAUUGGACUACCAGGCCAAGGUCCCGUCUCCAGUCUCACCGAAGUCGGCAUGUACACCAUGGCCUGGCAAACCCCAGCCCCUUCCUUCACCCCAGCCCAAACAGCCGUGGAGAGUGGUCACCGGGGGAGCGAAGAGCAAGUGGCAGAGCGCUAAUACUUCAGAGUCCUAUAAUGAUGAACCCUGCAUCAUCUGCCACGAUGAGCUGAAACAGUUCCCGGUGCACUUUCUGGACUGUGGCCACUGUUUCCACAAGCAUUGCAUCAAGAAAUGGCUGAACACCCAAAGCACCUGUCCAACAUGCCGGGACCAUGCUCUCCUACCAGAGGACUUCCCGGCCCUGUCCGGCAGGAUGAGGACCGUGUAACGCCAAAUCCUUCCUUCUGCAAGAAGCUGUGCGCUCGUUCAGGGACUUUUUAUGAGAACUGGUGCACCGAUAACUGCAACAAACAAUAAAAGGUUUCUAGAAUCCUUCCCAGCCAAUCAGAUCGCUUGCUCACUUUCUGGAUCACUUUCUGAAUUAGAAGCAGUCCUAAGAGAAGGGUCCCAGUAGCCAUGUGGUUACCCAUGCACCGGUUCUCUUGAACGGCCCCCAGUAGCGAGUGAGGAGGUGGCUGUCCACCUUCUAUGGUUAUGCAGUUGAUCAUGGCUUCUUCCAGCUCACCUGUCGCUUGCUUUGUGCUUUUGUCAUUGCGGUAUACCGGCUAUCCUUCUCCCUGUACCAUUGUUUUCUCCUAUACGAGGUCCUAGAACGUGUGGUAGCAACAUAUUAGUUCAUUCAAGAUUGCUGUAUUAAUACCUUGUGACUUAGAGAAUGAGCUCCAUUCAUAGCUGACUUCCAGAAAGUUGAUGCCUUUCAGAAGUUUAAAAGACUUGUAUGGGAUUAAUGGGCCAAGCUGACUUAGACGUUUUCUAGCCACAUACACUAGUUUUGACUAUAAAGCCGCAGUGUACAAUUAAUUUCUUCACAAUAUUAAAAGGGUUUCAAUUAGAGAUGCUCUGUCAGAUCCAGGAAUGUAUAGUCUCUACACCAAACCUUCCACUCUGAUUUUGGUCUCUGUCCUGGUGCCCGCGCCAAAUCCGUUACAUGGAUGAUAUAAGGCCGGGUACACAGUACGCAGAUAUCGGCCUGAUUUGGCAUUUUCAGUCAAAUCAGAACGACAAGUCUGGCAGUGUGUAUGACCAAUUAGCGCGCUCCCAAGCGACCUCUUCUUCUAGUCAUCCCUGCUGCAAGGACAACCAGAAGAUAUCGCUAAUGAUGCACUGCUGCCGAAUGCAGCAUGGCGCGUUGCCUCACCUCGUCGUCCCUUGCACCAUGCAAGUGUAUAUGCACUUGCCGAUGCAGGGUCCCGUCGGAUCGUCCGGCUACACAGCGUUCCGAUGUGUAGCCGGCCUAACUUUUUGCUUUAAUAUCGAAGUUGGUACAUUUCUACUGACUGACCCCAACCAAAAUUGAUUGCGACUCCACAGCCCUGGUCAGAUGUCUCUUGCUGUGCGCUGACUGAACGUGGUUGUCUGGCUUUCUUACACGAGAUUGCCAGGACCCGGCGAUUAGUGUAUGGCUUGUGUCCCCUACCGAGGUCCUAAAGUUUAUAAUACAAAGUAUUCUGUUUAACAUAGAAUGACACAGAUGUGUUGCUUUCAAUUUUAUUACAGGUUGUUACCUGUUUAAUUUUUUUUAUUAUCAGCAAAGCUUUGGAGGCAGUUAACAUCCCCCACUCAAUAAUUUUACUGAAGAAGAGGCGUGCCGGGUUACAACUUACCGGUAUAACGGUUUUCAGCUAGACAUUGGACACUUGCCUGAAAUCCGCUGUGGAAAGCACAGAAAGACACUGAUACUAUUUGACAGCUGUUCACUCUAUUUCAAGCUGAAGUCUUAUUUCUAGUAUAUGGGCUUACAACAGUAAUGAUGGUUUUAAAAAUGGAAAAUUUAAUGUUUGAGUGCAGUUGCCCUUUAAAGCUUAUAGAUGUGUGUAUGUGUUUGAGUGUAUAUUUUAAUGGCAAGCUUAUAUACCAGGCGCAUUAUCGUGCGUACUUACAAAAUAGUGUCCAAAGCUUUUCACAAUCACCUCCAUUUUGGAAUAGUUCACAAUAAUAGCCCAGUACACUUUUAGGUCAGUCCAGUAUGCAUUUGCAAUGCGUGACAUUCACAAAAAUAUGUGCACCUUAGGUGACGUGGUAUCCAACACCUGGUUGCACAGCUACCUGUACACCAGUUGUCAGAAGCACCCUCUGUAAGUGCUCUUAUUAUAUAAGAAAUAAACACACAGUGACCAUUGCCCAUCUUUCCUGCGGCUGAUCCGAUCACCUCUGAUCCCAGCGUGCAGCGAUCUCUGCUCCCUCUCCUACAGUAUCAGCCUCCGUCGUGUUUUAGUCCUUCAGUGUUUUGCACAUAUUUGAGUAUGUUGUCGCUCUUGUAUAUAAGUAAUUAGAAUUGGUAAAUACUUCAUUUGUAUAUUUAAGAGUGCAUUGCUUACUCAGAGCAGAGGCAACCAUUGUGUGACCCUGGAUAAGGUUGGGUACACAUUAGACCGUAAGAUGUCACACGUGACCUGCGGGGCCGUGCAAUCAAGCAUGCACAGUAGACGAUAUGCACGAUUUGUCCUGAUAUCUGCCUAUUGUGUACCCACCCUAACACUCGGGAACAUGCAGCGCAACAGGUCACUAUGAGCUAGAUGGGGUUACUACGGUAGCGCCCACUGCUGUGUGUAAGUGUCAUGUGCACUCAGGCACAGAGAACCAAAAGCAUAAACUGGUGUCCCUCUACGUCUUCAUAAAAGCACAGCGCAUGGUUUUACUUUUGCACCAAAAUAACAACAGCCCAGUUAGGGGUGUUCUGUUUCCUUUUUAGCCUUUGUUGUACUUUACCUAUUUUUUUGAAUUGUGUUCUAUGAAAAAACUAAAUUCACAUGCUUGUUGCAAGUAGAAUAAAUGUAAAUUCCCUUUA